AUGGCUGAGGUUCGAGCAGAAAUGUGCAAGAGAGCGAUUCCAGGGGAGUGGUUGUGCGUGGACGGACGCUGGUCUCAUCCACGUGAAGCUGAAUGGUGCACUGUUUCCUUCAUUGACCCAAUCACCCGCAAAAUAGCCCUUGUGGUGACAAAGUGGAAGGCGGUAGAGAAGGUUUCUUCAACAGCUUUGGAGCUGCGUGCUUUCGAAGACGGACUUAACCAGUUACGGGCGAUGGGUUUCCAGGUCAAGGGGAUCCUUUCUGAUGACGGGGGAUCAUUCAAGACAGGGAUCGAGGGAUUAGGAAUUGCUCACCAGAAGGACGUGUGGCAUAAGGGCCGAGCAUUGGCACCUAAGUUCAUCAAAGAUUUGAUUGAUGCAAAGCGCCCUGCAAUGAAGGUCGCAGCUGCCACUUGCACUGGAGAUCUGUGGUUGUGUUCAAGAGUGGUGCUCUUCACAUGGCUGAAAGAGCACGGUACCCCAAAAGAAGGUUUGAGCACAACUUCUGGGAAAGCAGAUCUCAUCGAAGGCGUGUGUGAAAAGCUUGGCAAGUUUGUGUAUGAUCCACAAGCAGUCCCGACGUCUAUUUGGUUGUACCCUGAGUUGCGGAGAGUUUUGCGUGUUAGGGAGAACGGGACAGCAACACGAGCUCCCGUGGCCAAGCGCCUGAAGAUCGUCCACGGAGGCGCUGCAGAGCACACCCCGUUGGGUUGUGGGGAGGGGAACAACGCCGGGAAUGUGGAAGUACCAAUUCUGGUGUCCAAUGAUGAGAACGUCCAGCGGCACCAGCUUGGUGUUGUUUCCAUAAAUGUCUCUGGAAGUGACCCCCUACGGAUCUCUGGGCACGUGCCAGUUGAAAUCACCAAUGGCGUGGGGUCCGCACCUGAACGUGCAAGCGUGGGGUCCGCACCUGAACGUGCAGGCGUGGAGAGGUCGAGACAGGGUGCUGUGGAGAACUUGCAUGGCACGAUGGGUGUUGCACAUGGCGUGAUUGACAUUGGAUGGAAUGAUGCACCUGAACUGUGGGAAUUUGACCCACACCCUAUCCAUGGUGUUCCAACAACUGCCGAAGCUGACUAUGUGCGCAUGACAGCUGACACAAUGGUGUCUCAAGUGGAUGACGAUGGGAUUUUGACCGACCAAGAUCAGACGUUGGACGAUGAGGCGAACCAUCAGGAUACCGCUGAUGCUGAGGGGCUGCUAGACUCUCAAAGCACCGUGCCAACCGUGACCCCUCAAACACAUGAGAGUGUGGCUGCCCCUCCACGAUGGACAGAACGGGUCAGUGGGAAGCGGAAGCGUGGUGCGCUUGCAACCGAUGAUGAAGAUGACGCAGAUUAUGUUGAAGUUUCACUUGCACAACGGUGGGGUACUCACUUCAACCACGUCAUGCUUCGCAAUUCAACUAAAGCGGCUGCCGGCCACACACCAUCAGCUAGUGUUGUUGCACAGGAGCUAGCAACAUCAGCCGACCAUUGGGCUGGGCUUCACUCCAAGUGUGGAAAUGGGGCGGUAAUUCCAAGGUGUGUUUCUGAGAAGUGGGGCCCAGAGAAUGCCGUGUACGAACCAAAUUCAUCCGCUCAUUUGGCAUUGCGGAAAUGGCUGGAGACGCAUUGUUCUCCGAAGGAGAUGGAGGCGUAUGUGAGCGGGGCAUCCAACUGGGUCAACGAAUCAUUUCAUUCCCUUGUCAUCAAAUACGCACCGAAGCGUAUUCGCUUCCAAGGGAGUAUGGUGCCGAGGAUUGGGCUAUCCGUUCUGCACUGGAACCAUACAGUUUCUCGACUUGUUCGUGCUAUCAAGACACGGGUUCGUAAGCGGACCAGGGUGCGACGUGGAAGCAAGGAGCGCGUAUUGGAAGCCAUGGACUGCUCUUGGGUGGACAAAAUCAUGUCAGAUUGGCGUGACAUUGGUUUGGAGGGAGAUGAUUCCGCACAGGUGGAUGUGCCCGAUGAUUCUGACCCACAGGAUUCCGAUGCUGGUUUCGGGAGCAGUUGUCCUGGAAAUGCUGAUUCUGACCCUCCAACACAACAGCCUGCUGAUGCUGACCGUCCAACACAACAGCCCACUGAUUCUGACCAUCCAACACGGCAGCCUGCUGAUUCUGACCAUCCAACACAACAGCCUGCUCAUUCUGACCACCCAACACAACAGCCUGCUCAUUCUGACCGUCCAACACAACAGCCUGCUGACUCCGCCUCUGCUCAGGCUGUUCCACCAUCCACUCCCCUCUCUCUGCGCAAACAAUCCGCUACUGCCGUCACACCGAACACUCCCCCAAACCCACCCAUUCCAUCAUCCAACCCCACACCACUAGUGACCCUACCAUUGGGGCCGGUCGUGGAGGGCGGACCCGGUCCAACAACCAUGGUGUCGACCUUCGCAGACCUCUUUUCCGUAUGUGCCCAUACUUGA